AUGCGCGCCAGCGGGCUCUAUUUGGUCCUGUUUGGACUUGCAGCUUCAGGGCUGCAGCAAAUUAGUGGGAUUAAGAUCUACACCUCUGGAGACAUGGAGGCGGUGAACGGAACAGAUACAAAACUGAAAUGCAGUUUUCAAACGUCAGCGACGAUCAACCCCCAAACUCUGACAGUGUCUUGGAGCUUCAGGCCUCUGAACAAGGGCCGCGAGGAGUCGAUUUUCCACUACCAGCAGAAGCCCUACCCGCCCAUAGAAGGCAUGUUCCGGAAGCGCGUGGCGUGGGCCGGGGACAUCAUGGGCCGGGACGCCUCCAUCAUCAUCCGAGAGGUGAAGUUCACGUACAACGGGACCUACACCUGCCAAGUGAAGAACCCUCCUGACGUGCAUGGGACGGUGGGAGAGAUCCGGCUACGCGUGGUCACUACGGCCUCGUUCUCUGAGCUGCUGUACUUGGCCAUGGCCAUCGGAGGCGGUAUCGCAGCUGUCGUGGUCUUGUUGGUCAUCAUUGUGUCGUGCAGAAGAUGCAAGAAGAAGCAGCGUCAGAGGAUGGAGAGGGAUGUGGAGGUGCCUUGUAAAGAGCGCAAAGAACUCAAAGAACGCAAAGAUCCCACAGUGUGCCAUCCCGCUCGCGCCGUACACCUUUACAUGUCCCAGACCUCCAUAGAGAUCGACAGCUCCGACGGCAUGAUCUCAGACCCCAGCACGGGCGACCCCAGCUCAUCCGAGGAGGACGAGAGGAGCACUGACGAAGACGACGGGGAUGACUCAGACUGA